AUGAGCAGUGUGGCCUGGCAUGUGCAGUUCGAGGGAGCUUAUCGCGCGGAUGGAAAGGGAGCCAGUAUUUGGGAUACCUUUACCAACAACCAUACUGUGUUCCCUGGUGGACGCACAGUUCACAAAAAUGACACGGGCAACGUCGCUGUGGAUUUUUAUCAUGACUACAAACAGAUUCUGCUGCUGGCAAAGCAGCUGUCUGCCAAGCAGUGGCGUGUAUCAGUCUCCUGGGCGCGCAUAUAUCCACAGGGAGAUGGCGUUGUGAAUCAGAAGGGGCUGGACUAUUACAAGGAGAUGGUCGACUUCAUGGUCGCGAUUGGCAUCGAGCCAGUCCUCACCUGUUAUCACUGGGACCUGCCCCAGGCACUGCAAGACCGCUUUGGGGGUUGGAACAGUGAAGACAUUGUGCCAAUCUUUGCCAACUACACUGCAACGCUGUUUGAAGCCCUCGGGGAGAGUGUGAAAUACUGGACCACCAUCAAUGAGCCCAAAACAUUCUGCUGGGAGGGCUACGGCAGUGGCAUUCAUGCCCCCGGCAUCAAAGAGCCGGAACAAGUGGCAAACUGCAUAGUGAAUGUGCUCAAGGCACAUGCGGCUGCUGUGAAAGUUUUCCGGAAAGUGGUACCCGGUGGAAUGAUAGCGAUGAACCUCAACGCUGAGUCGUCAUUGCCGUUUGAUGACAGCAGUGAGAUGGACAAGGCAGCUGCCCAGCGGAAGACAGAUUUUGAGCUCGGAGUUUUCGCUGAUCCCAUAUACUUUGGGCAGUUUCCUGAUUCCGUCAGAGCUCGCAUCCCUUACCUGCCGGAGAUCUCUCCAGAACUGGCCAAGGAUCUGAAAGGCUCUUUUGAUUAUUUCGCGCUCAACCACUACACUUCAUCGUAUGCGCGCUUCAAGCACAACGCCACUUGCGUCUUGGGCAUUACUGACUAUGAAGUGGGUCACUCAAACAAGGAUGGAUUUGUGAUUGGCGAAGAGGGCGACUCAGAGUGGCUCUACUCGGUGCCGUUCGGAUUCAGGAUGAUCCUGAAUUACGUCAACGACAGGUACCGCCUUGAUUGGAUCAGCGUCACAGAGAAUGGCUUCCAAGUCAAGGGUGAAGAUGACAUGGCCCUGGACCAGGUCCUCAACGAUAAGCCGCGCAUCAAGUAUCUUGAGGACUACAUCAAGAAUGCUGUCGAGGCGGUUGUCAUCGACAAGGUGCCCGUCAGCAGUUAUUUCGUCUGGUCCCUGCUCGAUAAUUUCGAGUGGCAGGACGGGUACUCCAAGCAUUUUGGCGUGGUGCAUGUGGACCGAGCCACUCUGAAGCAGACCCUGAAGGCCUCAGCCCGCGUCCUGGCCAACCUGUUCCAAGACGCCGGGAACAACUAG